UCUUCUUCUUCCUGCUGCAGCCGAGAAAAAAAAAAAAAAAGGGAACCCGGCACCAGCCCUUGAGGAAACCGGUAGAGAGCUUGAUUUUAUCCUUCUUUUCUUGCUCAAGAGCAAGAUUGGAGCCUUCAAAUCCUUCCCCCCCUGCUGGAAAAUCCGGAUCUGCCUUGCUCUGUCCGCCGGCUGCUCUUGAUUGUGGGCGAAUUCUGGGCAAUUUCUGUUCCGUGAGCUUCCCCCUGCAAUUGCCGCCGGUCUUCUUCUCCCUGCAGUCCGGUUCUUUGCUUGCAAAAUUCUGGUUCUUGAUUCUUGGGGUACUUUAGUACGUGAAUUGAGUGCUCAGUUUUAUGCGAUUUGAGUUUCAUUCAAAGAAAAAGGGAGGGCAAAAAGGAAAUUUUACGAAGAAGAUUGGAAAUGAAGAUGAGAAAAAGGACUCAAUUGAAGAAAUGAAAAGUUGGAGGGGUGAAAUGCAAAGUCUAGCCCAAAACCCUUCAAGCCCAAUCCAAAACCCACCAAACUCAAACCCAAUUACCCAAAACCCAAAACCCAAACCCAAAAACAAAACCCAAAACCCAUUUAACAAAAAAAUAAAAAAAUAAAAAAAUAUAUAUGGAGCUUUCUUCUUCCUUCCCCGCCCCGGUUUUAUCCUUUCCUUCUCUCCCCCCAAACCCACCGGCAAUCACAUGCCCAGCCAUCACCAUGCCCUAACCCCCUUUCUCACCGAGCCUGUGCCCCUAACCCCCCUCUGCACGAACCAACCUCUGCCUCCCUCUGCACCGAAUCAGCCUCCUCUGCUCUCUGCAGCCCAGAUCCCCUUUGCUCUGCCCUGCACCGAGCUAGCCAUCAUCACCCCUCACUGCCAGCCAUCAUGCUCCUGCACCUCCCUUGCUUCUGCGCCCAAAUCCCAUGCCUUCUGCGCCAAAUCAACCCCUCCCCAUCACCGGCAAUCAUGCCUCUCCCUGCACCGAACCCACGCCCCUCCUCUGCGCCUCACUGCCGGCAAUGAUGCCCCCUACACGCCCGAGCCAUCAUCAGCACUCCACGCCCCUACCUGCCUUGCACCCGAGCCUUGCUCCUGCGCUUGACCGUGCCUUCUGCUCCCAGAUAUCCCCUCUGCGCGCCUGAUCCUGCAAUCACGCCCCUGUUGCUUGCACGCCAGCCACUGCUGCUG